UUGUGCAGCAUGUCCACGCAGUCUUAGUCUUGCGUUGCCAGGCGUCUGCUACAGUCUCAGCCAAGAUGAUGCUGACAAGAGGACUGGUGAUGUGCCUGCUGCUGCUACGGUGUGCACAUGGAGGCCAGGCACGCAGAGAGAGGAGGCACAGCAAGAGAGAGGAGGUGCGCGGAGAGAGGAGGCACAGCAGGAGGUCUCAGGACGCCAUGAUGUUCUUCAGCAAAGGAAUCAUCCUUGUGGUCAAAGAUGCCAACCCCACGCCUCCUGAGGUCCGAGUUCUGGUGCCCUCCUCUGCCCCGCCCGGGUCCGACCCCCACGCUGUCCUGUGCGUGGUGACGGGUCUCCACGGCAACAGCGUGGACCUCACCUGGAGCAUCGACCACGGCGCGGCCCGCCGGACACAGCCCAGCACACAGGCGGCGCGUCAGCCGGACGGGACGUACUCCGCUAGUUCCGUCCUCUUCCUGUCGGCCGAGGAGUGGAGUCCGCAGCACACGUACCGCUGCUCCGUCACGCAGGACCGCAGGGUCUACUGGGCACAGGCCCGGCCCGCCGCCUGCUGGACCUGA